UAAAUAAUUUAAUUGAUAUAAUGGCUAACAGUUUAUUAAAAUUAUCAUCAUCGUCGUCAUCAACAACAACAAUAUCGUUGUCAUUGCCAUCAACGGCGACGGCAACAGCAUUAUUAACAGCAACUUCAAAACCACCAACAAUGUGUGUAUUUUCACUUAUCUAUAAAUUCAUAAUAAUGAGUUUAUGCUGCUCAAUGGUUAGCGGCCGCAGGCAUUCGCCGCUAUUCGUUGAGGAAGCAGGAGGUGGUAGCCGACGCAACAGUAAAUCAGAUCUUUCUGAGUGCCAUUUUGGUAAGACUUUACAUGAACUGGGAUCCAGUUGGUCCGCCGAUCUGGGACCUCCGUUUGGCGUCAUGUAUUGCAUUAAAUGCGAGUGCGUAAAGGUACCCAAAAAGAAGCGUAUAGUCGCUCGUGUUCAAUGCCGAAAUAUUAAAGAAGAAUGCCCGACAACUACCUGCGAUGAACCCGUUUCUCUCCCAGGCAAAUGCUGUAAAACUUGUCCAACCGAUAAACAUGAUACCGAAUUCGCCUUAGAUGUCCCGGCCAGUUUUAUCGAAGACGAAGAGCGCAAUAUGAAACAUUUCGCUGCACUUCUCACCGGCCGCACUUCUUUCUUUCUAAAGGGCGAAGAUAUGCGUUCCGUGUAUUCGACACAUAACGCUCCCAGCAUGGUUGCUACAGGACGGUUUUUAUUUCAUAAAAAAAAUCUGUAUUAUUCAUUUUAUACAUCUUCCAAGAUGGUGCGUCCUAGAACUCUACAAUUUGUUGACGAAAACGGUACCAUACUGGAGGAACAUCAAUUACAAUUACCUACUGGGCCCCAGUCAUUGUACCAGAAUAUUACUGGUAAAACGUGCGGUGUAUGGCGCCGAGUGCCUCGCGAUUAUAAGCGUCUUUUAAGAGAAGAACGCUUACAUGUGGUUCUUAUCUGGAGUGAAAGUAAAUAUCAAACCGAAUUGGCUGGAAGAAUUGCCAAAUAUACCGCAUUGCAAUCGGAAUUGUUUAGUUCGCUGCUGGAGCCGGCAACGAAUGUCAGAUCUGAUCAAAUGUUUGGUUCCGGUGGUACUGCAAUUAUUUCAACCACCAGUGGAGCGGCUUCUUCAGUGCACUUAACUUUAGUUUUUAAUGGCGUUUUCGGUCAUGAUGAGAACGCAGACGCCGCAGUUAAUAUACGCAUUGAGCUGCCAGAUCGUAAAGAGAUUAUAUUAGAUGAAGUUCAAAAAAUACGUAAACCGUCAUCCGAAGUUAACAUUUUAGAGAUUUCUUCCCCCAUCACCAUACAAAAUUUGCGAUUAAUGUCUCGCGGCAAACUAUUGUUGACGGUCGAAUCAAAAAAAUAUCCGUAUUUGAAAAUACAAGGUCACGUUGUUACCCGAACUACUUGUGAAAUUUUUCAAACUCUUUUGUCACCACAUAACGUGGAAGCGCAUACAAAAAGUAUUGGUUUAGCUUGGGUAUUCCUGAAUACCGAUGGCUCCUUAGUAUAUAAUAUCGAAACCGAUCAAGUUAAUGCCAAGGAUCAUCCCGACAUUAGCCUAAUUGAGGAUCUAGGGAAACGUAAAACUGUACUGGAAGAUAUGACGGCUAGCUUCAAUUUCAAUCAAGCGAUUGGCACCAUUGAUAAAUUGGGACCGAGAGUUGUUGAGUUAUUGUAUGCCGGAGAGCUUGGCGUUAAUAUCGGCUUGCAGCAUGAACCGAGCCUGAUAAGGGGACGUCUAUUACCUAAGCCAGUAGCUGAUGCUCGUGACUCAGCUGAACCUAUUUUGUUGAAGCGAUCUGAAAAUUCCCUAGCUGUUCCUACACAUGCUAUGGGUAUGGCAUGGUUAUCCGUUGACAACGAGUGUAAUCUCCACUACGAGAUAACAUUAAGUGGUUUCCAAAUGCAAAAUCCAGAUUUAGAGAUUUACUUGGAAGAGAAACCCAUCGAAGCCAUUGGAGCGCCAAUAACGCGUAGCUUUUUGGAAGAGUUUUCAGGCUCCAGCAUGGAAGGAUUUGUUUUAGGUAUGGAUGCGAAUGAGUUGGUGAAAUUGGAAACCAGUGUUUGCUACUUAGAAAUCUACGCUAAACAUAACAAGAAACUUUUGUUACGAGGUAAACUGAAAUCUACUAGAGUCCCAGAUCAUUGCCGUCCACUGCAUACCGAUAACAACGUACAAAAUGUACUGGGUGAUCACAAUGAAGAUUCAUUAGCUUCGGCGGUAACAAAAUGUUAUCACUCAGGACGUUUUCACGAUGAAUCUGAACAAUGGCGUAGCACUGAAAAUUCUUGCCAAAUGUGUGCCUGUCGACGGGGUCAUGCCUCAUGCGAGUCGAUCAAAUGUCCUAUUGUACAAUGCAAAAUAUCUGAAGAAAUGGUGCAACGUGAAGGCGAAUGCUGCCCGAGCUGUGUACCACAAAAUUUAGGAGCAGCUGAGGUAAACAUUCCGAAUGAACAGAAUAACAACAAAAAAGGCUGCUAUUUAGGCGAUGAAUUCUUCUUAGCUGGGGCAACUUGGCAUCCGUUUCUGCCGCCUAAUGGUUUCGAUACUUGCACGACUUGUACAUGCGACGCUGUGACUUUACAGGUUAGGUGUCCACGCAUGCUCUGUCCGCCUUUGAAUUGCAAAGAAAGAGACGCGUACCGGCCGGAAAAGAAGGCCUGUUGCAAGAAGUGCCCUGAAGGCAAGCUAAGUAGUCGCAGUACUGUUAAAACGAGCCCAGCCAAUCCAAAUGUGUUACAAGAUCAGGGCUUAUCUAAAUCAACAAUGAGAAGCAAUGAAGACAUUUUAAGUCAAGGUGGCUGCAAAGCGGUUAAUAAAGUAUACGAAAAUGGCCAAGAAUGGCAUCCGAUAUUAGCAUCGCAUGGUGAACAAAAAUGCAUAACAUGUCGAUGCAAGGAUUCAAAAGUGAGUUGCGAUCGUAAAAGGUGUACACGAGCCGUUUGCCAACAAACCCGAGUAUCAUCGAAAAAGAAACUAUUUGAGAAGCCUUCAACCGCCAACGAGCCCAUAAUCGAUGAAUGUUGCACAAUGCAAUGUAAACGCACACGUCGCCAUAAUCGUCGUCUACAUCAGCAGCAUGAUCAACAAUAUAAAUUGCAUCAAACAACGUCCGGCCUCAGCAGCUGAAUUCCCUUUGCCAGAAAAUAAGCGAAACCUGAGGCUGAGCAAACAUCUGUAGUAAAACACUAACAAACAAACAACAAAACAUUACAACAAAACAAUAAUU